ACGUUGAACCGACGUUGUUGUGUCACUCCAUCCAUUUCGAGACGCAACUCCUUAUCCGACCCCGACCCCACAUCAUCUCGUCCAACCCCACACCGUCUCCUUAUCCGAGCUCCACAUCGCAACAACUACGGAUAUUAUUCCGACGAUAAGACCUCCUCAGCCUGCAACGUAAAGCCGCGUGCCUCCCACAAGAUAAAAUGGCGAUAGAAGUCCACUCCUACCGGUUACCGUCCACUCCGUUGAUCCCCAACUCCCCUUACCCGCUGCUCCACUACCCCUCCCUCCUCCUCUCCCUCGUCUCGUCCCCCACUUUCACUUCCAACGCAAUCUUCGACCUAUUUGCCUCUAAUGGUUGGCAAUCGCAAUGGAUCGCGCGCUACGGACCAGACAUCCAGUCACACUAUCACUCCACAACUCACGAAUGUAUGGCUGUGAUCUCCGGACACGGCGCAACAAUACGCUUCGGCGUCUCAGAUCACGGUUCCGAUGGAUUUCCCCGACGUGAAGAUGGAGGCAUAGAAAUCCAAGCAAAGUUGGGCGAUGUGUUUAUCAUCCCAGCAGGAGUGAGUCACAAGACCUUCGCGCCGAGGCCAGAGACGACAGAGUUGGUGUUCCAUCAGCCGAAAGAUGUUGCGGAUGUCAGUCCGCAGGGCGAGGAGAAGAGAAAGGAGUUUUUCGCAAAGGUGCCAGUGCAGGGUGAGUUCAUGAUGAUGGGGGCUUACCCGUAUGGUGGUAGGUGGGAUUUCGCUGUGGGUGGGGAGCACGAGGGCAAAGAAGAGGAGGUGUGGGGUGUCGAUGUACCCGGGAAAGACCCCAUUCUAGGGAAAAGUGAGGAGGGGUUGCGCGGGCUGUGGACGAGAGGUAAGAAGUAACACGACAUUCGGCUGUGGGGAGAGGUUGGCGAGAAAUGUACAAGUCAAACAUAAUUUCGUUACAGGGAAACAAUCCAACUAAUGGUUCAUAUAUACAAGUUCGUCAAACUCAUCAGCUUUGAAAAGCGCCAUAUCAAAUGCAAUCGACACUCUCCCAA